AUGGGCUUUUUCGAUCACCUCCAAAAAGGAGGGACCUUUUCUCUACAGCCGCAGAAAUCCCAAGUCCGCAAAGUUGUUCAGGCACGACCAGCCCCUCCAGCGAAGUCUGCUUCCCAAACUCCCGUCGCUUCCCCACGAAUCCUUUCCUCGUCGGAUCGAAGUCGCAAGGCGUCCGCGCUCAAGGCCCGUUCGGUCUCAAGUGACCUAGAUACUCGCCCUACUAAACGCUUGAACACCCCGACGCGUGGUCGGAAACGGCCGACGCCAGAACAGCGACUUUCAAGUGACGAUGACGAUGACGAUGUUGGCGACAGUGAUACCUCUUUCGAAGUGCGAAAGCGAGCGCGGACGAGCGCCAGUGCGGAACCAGAUCCCGAGAGACGGAUUCGCUCUGUGAAAGCAUUUUCGGAGGAAGCUUCUCGUCCGUUUAAGAUGGUUCAUGCCGCCGAUAUCUCUUCGGGUCAGAAGGCUGGAAAAUUCAAGCCGGCAUUUGGAGCACAAGGCAAACCUGCGCAGAUUCUGUUGCAGUAUCCGAGCGCUUCACAGAAAGAGAGAUUCGACUGCAUGGUACCUCGCGAUAACGAUGAUUUCCGGCCGAUCGACGAUAUCGUCCAGGUCAUUGAGACCGUCUCCGAAAACUAUAUCCCCGAAGAUGAAGCCGCGGAAUUUAACGAUGAGACUAAUGGCAUUAGACGGCGACUACGCAGAUCUGUUGCAGUUUCAUCCGAACCCCAAUUCCGUGAAGCGAUUGCGGAUUACAACAACGCAAUCGACCGCUUGAGGACCAAUGGAAGCUUGGCAAAGCAUCUGGAUCAAACCCAACGUAUCGGUCUACCUUGGGUGGAGCGCAUUUUAACUCAAAUAUACGCGCGGACUGUCUCCCCUCGGGUGGAGUCUCUACGACAAUAUGAGAAUGGUACUGAUAAUGUGUACGGCGAACUACUCCCGCGCUUUAUCAGUAACAUCUUCAAAGAAACCAAGUUGAAGUCAGGCCAAGUCUUUGUCGAUCUUGGAUCUGGCGUCGGCAACGUUGUUCUACAGGCUGCCCUUGAGAUUGGAUGUGAGAGUUGGGGUUGCGAGAUGAUGACCAACGCUUGUGACCUAGCCGAGUUGCAGCAGGCUGAAUUUAAGGCACGCUGCCGGCUUUGGGGUAUCGCUCCAGGAAAAACCCACCUUGUUCGUGGCGACUUUCUCGAGCAAGAAAGUAUUGUCAACGUGUUGAAGCGUGCUGAUGUGAUUCUCAUCAACAACCAAGCUUUUACACCACAACUCAAUAAUGAGUUGAUCAAUCACUUUCUCGAUAUGAAAGAGGGUUGCAAGAUUGUCUCCCUCAAAUCUUUUGUUCCUGCCGGCCAUAAGAUUCAAUCUCGAAACCUGAAUUCUCCAAUCAACCUCCUCAAGGUUCAGCAGAAGAACUACUGGUCCAACAGCGUGAGCUGGACAGACGUUGGUGGAACAUAUUUCAUUGCUACCAAGGACAGUUCGCGACUGAAGGCCUUUUCAGACGGCACUUUGUGA